CCCAGGUUUUAUUUUUAAUAAAUGCUACGCUAUUCCUAUCACUUGAACAAAUACGGCAAUUCAUUACUGUUUUUUCACAGUACUACAACAAUGGUAAUUAAUUUGUUGUGCGAUUAUAGAUAAUCGAAGUAUUGCAAAUCUGUAGUUCGAAAAAAAAAAAUGGAGAAAAAAUAUGGUGGGGCUGUGUCGAUUUCCCUGCAGAAAGCAACGGCAAAGCAAAGUAUUAUCUUUCACACCUUUCAAGAUUCAAUCCAUUUUCAUUUUUAUUCUCUGAUGAGCACACAGCAAUGGUGAUUGCAAGAAUCUAGGGUUUCAAUCGACGCCAUUUUCCUCCAAAGGAGAUUGAAUCUAUCCCAAAAACCCAAUGGAGGAAGUCGAAACGGCAAAUUUGUCCGCCAUCGAGAGCUGCCACCGCGUAAUCUCCAUUCUAUCCAAACCGCAAGAUCAAAACCAGCUCAGAACCCUAUCUGACCAAACGGCCCAAGCCGUUCAGAAGUUCAGACGAGUCAUCUCCCUUCUCGGCUCCACCUGUGGCCAUGCCCGAGUCAGAAAAAGCAAGAAAAUCCAAACCCCUUUUCCCCAAAGCAUCUUUCUCGAAAACCCGAUCAGCAAAACCGAAUAUCACCACCUAAUCCCGAACCCCCUCAGUCUCAUUAAGAUCAACAAUGACCUCUCUCUGAAAACCCCUUCUCUGGACCUCCACCUUUCCCAGCAGAAAUCGACUCGUUCGAGCUAUCAUCAUUUCUACAGGCAAAGCAGUAGCAAUGGGGGGGUUAGCUUCAAUUUUGACGGGUCCACCUGCACCACGCCCGCCAUGUCAUCCGCCAGGUCGUUCAUCUCGUCGUUGAGUAUGGAAGGGAGCGUGGCGAAUUUCGACAGUAACGGGUUUCGUCUGGUGGGACCCGCACGCUCGGUGGAUCACGGCUCGUUCCAUCACAAGAGGAGGUGUAGUGUCAAGUGUGGGGGCAACGGUAAAUGCCAUUGUUCGAAGAAAAGGAAGCAUAGAGUGAAGAGGUCUAUCAAAGUGCCUGCAAUAAGUAACAAGUUAGCUGAUAUACCACCAGACGAGUACUCGUGGAGAAAAUAUGGUCAGAAACCGAUCAAAGGUUCACCUCAUCCGAGAGGAUAUUAUAAAUGUAGUAGCAUGAGAGGCUGCCCUGCGAGGAAGCAUGUCGAGAGGUGCUUAGAGGAGCCCUCGAUGCUUAUCGUCACUUAUGAAGGAGAACAUAACCAUCCAAAAUUGGCUUCACAGUCAGCCAACACAUGAAAGUUGGUCAAAAGCUUGUAUCGAGGAUUGUGUCGAGCCUUUGAACCUAAAUUUCUUAGACCCUUCGUUCUUAACUGGCUUAUGAUUUUUCUUGUGUACAUACAUGUUGCUUGUGUUUAUGUCAUAAGGGGGUCUUGCUUGUAUGUUGGGUUAUUGUUAUUUUUGAAUUUUGGGUUUUCUGGUUUGAAGAAUUAAGCCAAGAUUUGGGGGCUGUUGAUUGUAAGGAUAGAAUUGCCAUUUGUUAGGGUGACUUUUGUUUUUGGAAAUUUGGAGUUGUCCACCUAUUGUUGUUCUUUUUUUUUUUCCUUUUUUCUUUUCUUUGGACAAUUGAUUUCUCUAUGCA